UGCUUAAGAAAUCUGUUAGGAGCGAGUCUAGAUGGUUCAUGAUUCACCAACAUUGUUUAGCCAACAAAGUCUGGUCACAAAAUUGGUCACUAGUUUUGUUUGUAGUUGGUAGUCGAGGUUGAUUUCUUCAUCAAUUAGAUAUCAACAAUGCAUUGAUUCACAUUGAUGUAUAAGAGGAAGUGUAUAUGGAGAUUCUACAUGGUUUUCGUGCCCCUGAUGACACGAGGGUAUGUCAUCUUCACAAGUCUUACGAUCUUUAACAGGCGUUCCAUAAGUGUUAUAAAAACAUUACAAUUUCAUUGUUCGAGUAUGGGUUUCGAGCUUCGCCGACUAAUUACUCCUUCUUUCUCUACAAUUAAACGAGGGAGCACAUUUGUUGUAGCACUCAUUCACAUUGAUGACUUACUUCUAAUUUAUAACUAGCAGGGAGCUAGCUUUUCUUACAAGAGUUAAGCAAUUUCUCAGUUAUCGGUUCAACAUUAAGGAUCCUGGGAAUUCUUUGUUAUUUUGUUGGCCUCUCAAGAAAUUGUUCUAAGUCAACGUAAAUACUACUUGUGGAAAUUCUGGAGGAUGGUGGUGGUGCAAGGCUCUCGUCCAAUUGCUUUUUCCCCAUCGAGCAUAAUGGUCAACUGACUUGACCCAAUGAAGUUGUUUUGGUUGAUUCGUCUUCGCAUUGUUGUCUGGUAAGACGAAUACUCUACUAUACUAUCACACAUCCUCAUAUAACCUAUGGUGUGAACAUCCUGAGUCGAUUUUGUUCACGCCCUAGUCUCAGUUCUCAUGCAUAUGUAAGGUAAUAAACAAAUCUCAGACAUUUUUCAUGAUCGUAAGACUCACAUACAAUGAGGAAGAACCAUGUUAAAUCAAAGUGUUAUCGUUUUUAUCACUCAAAUCUUACAAUGGCUGGGUUGUGCAUAUUCAAACUCAUGUGACUUCUUUUCGAGAGAUCAUGCAAGCAAAAUGUUACAAAAUCCAAUUCCAAAACUUCUCUCUCCACCACAACUCUAGUAUUAUAGGACAUGCUUUGUCCAAACUCGUGGAGGGAAAACGCGGGAACACAGACGGGGAAUAACAAAUAAGGGAGUGGAUUAGUAGCUUCCUAGGUUUUUGCCCCCACUAAAAUUUGAAAAAUUAACGUUUUUUUUUUAAUGACAUGUGGUAUGCUUUAACGCACUUAAUAAACAAACCAACAAUACCACAAAAAAAAAAAGAAGUUGGUGUGUCUCAAAGCCCAAACCGAACCAACAAUUCGGUUACGAUACAUAUGUCCGACGAGAAAAUUGCAGAGGUUGUUCGACGAAGAAAAAUAUAUAACAGGCGCAUGGUAUGUGAAGAAUUCAGAGAAAAUCAAUGAGCAAUAACCACGCCACUAACUACUAGAUUAGCCGGCUGUUAGGUUCUCUAAUCUCUAUAUAAAACGAUUACUGGAAAUGAGGGGCUCUCUCCAGUACUUGAGAAAACCCUUCUACCGGAAAUCUGCACUCUAUUCUUUUUCUUCUCAACGUAGAGAUCGACCAUGUCGCCGGCGGCUAGUAUCUCGGCGUUUACACUCUGCGGGCUCCCUCCGACGUCCACCGUCCUCCUUUCUCCUCGUCCGCCUCUCCCUCCCCGGGGACGUCGUCUCAGGGUCAGAAUUGUGGUAGCUUCAGCUGCCGGCAGCAGGCCGGCGGCGGCCAUGGGGAAGUCGCCUCACGUCUCUAUGGAGGUCUGGGACGACGGCGUGGCGGUGGUCGCCAUCUCCAACCCUCCGGUUAACGCUUUAGCUGUUCAGAUAAUCAACGGAUUGCAGGAGAAGUUCGACGAGGCCACUCGGCGUAACGACGUCAAGGCUAUCGUUCUAACUGGCAGGGACGGAAAAUUUUCCGGCGGGUUUGACAUCAACGUGAUCCAGACUGUCCAUCAAACUGGGGAUGUUUCGUUUAUGGAUGGUGUUUCUAUUGAUCUCGUUGUCAACACAAUUGAAGAAUGCAAGAAACCUGUUGUUGCUGCUCUGCAAGGAUUGGCACUGGGAGGAGGCUUAGAACUAGCCCUGGGAUCUCAUGCACGUAUUGCUGCACCAGGAACUCAACUCGGCUUGCCAGAACUGUCACUUGGCGUGAUUCCUGGCUUUGGAGGUACACAGCGGCUGCCAAGGCUUGUAGGGCUGCCGAAGGCCAUUGAGAUGAUGCUACUGUCCAAUCUGAUCUUCUCUGAAGAAGGAAAAGAGCUCGGCCUCAUCGAUGCUAUUGUGUCUUCACAAGAACUGCUGAAAGUAUCUCGAGAAUGGGCUCUGGACAUUGCUGGCAGGCGCAGGCCGUGGGUUCGUUCCCUUCACAAGAGUGACAAGAUGGGUUCCCUCUCUGAGGCCACCCAGGUGCUGAAAGCUGCCAGGCUGCAAGCCAUGAAAACCGCCCCGAAUCUGCCUCAGCAUCUGGGAUGUCUCGACGCGAUCGAGGAUGGCAUUGUUCAUGGAGGAUACAGUGGGGUUCUCAAGGAGGCAGAGGUGUUCAAGGAUUUGGUGUUAUCCGAAACUUCGAGGGGCCUAGUUCAUGUGUUCUUCGGCCAACGUGCUACAUCAAAGGUUCCUGGUGUGACCGAUGUUGGCCUCGAACCGAGGCAGAUCAAGAAAGUUGCUGUCAUAGGUGGAGGACUAAUGGGUUCAGGGAUAGCUACUGCCCUCAUUACAAGCAACAUUCAUGUUGUUCUGAAAGAAGCCAGCUCUGAGUAUCUUCACAGAGGGAUCAAAACAAUCGAAGGCAACAUUCGAAACUCGGAGAAAAGAGGGAAGUUGACAAAGGGUCAGGCUGACAGAGCUCUCUCAUUGCUCAAAGGUGCAUUGGACUAUUCGGAGUUCGACGAUGUGGACAUGGUCAUCGAGGCAGUUACUGAAAACAUACCUUUGAAACAGAAGAUAUUCAAUGAACUUGAAGAGGUUUGUCCUGCACAUUGCAUUCUGGCAACAAACACAUCCACCGUCGACCUGAAUGUGAUUGGGGAGAAUACUACGUCGCAAGAGCGUAUCAUAGGAGCACACUUCUUCAGCCCUGCUCACAUAAUGCCACUGCUGGAAAUAGUGAGGACGGACAAGACCUCUGCACAGGCCAUUCUUGAUCUGAUGACAGUGGGCAAGGCUAUGAAGAAAGUCCCCGUCGUCGUGGGGAACUGCACCGGUUUCGCUGUCAAUCGGACCUUCUUCCCCUACUCUCUGAGUGCACAUAUACUAGCCCAUCUAGGCGUGAACAUUUUUCGAAUCGACGGUGUCAUCAGCAGCUUUGGUCUCCCCAUGGGACCUUUCCAGCUCCAGGAUCUAGCUGGGUAUGGAGUUGCUGUGGCUGUCAGCGAGCAAUUCGAGGGCGCAUUCCCUGAGGAUCGAUCGUUCAAGACGCCUCUGAUCGAUCUCUUGAUUGCAAGCGGACGAGAUGGCAAGAACAAUGGGAGAGGAUACUACAUUUACGAGAAGGGGAGCAAGCCGAAACCCGAUCCUUCAGUGCUACCCAUCAUCGAGGAGUCUAGGAAAAUCGCCAACAUUAUGCCCAAUGGAAAGUCGAUCGAUGUGAGCGAUCAAGAUAUUCUGGAAAUGAUCCUGUUCCCAGUGGUGAACGAGGCUUGUCGCGUGCUCGACGAGAACGUGGUGGUUCGAGCAUCAGACCUCGAUGUAGCCUCCGUGCUUGGGAUGGGUUUCCCAUCUUAUCGGGGUGGGAUCAUGUUUUGGGCGGACUUGGUCGGAGCGAAACACAUAUGUGAAAGGCUGACGAGGUGGUCGGAGUUGUACGGUGGGUUCUUCAAGCCGUCGAGCUACCUGGAAGAGCGAGCAGCAAGGGGAAUUCCAUUGAGUGCUCCUGCUCCGUCUCCCUCUUCUUGAUCGUCCCAGUCGACAAGGUCUCGCCUGUAGUCGACGACACCAGCAGCAGCAGCAGCACAGAAGUUUCUGGCAUGUAUCUGAAUUUCAUUUACACCAGCAGCAAUAAAAGAGUAGAUAUAUGGUUUAGAAACCCUGUGUUAUUCAUUCUACAUUGCUCGUUUCUGUCAUUCGUAUCAAGGCAGUUUACUUCUUGCACCUACUCGUCAUAUUUUGACACUCCAAAAGUCCAAAUUCGCGUGCUUUUUCUUCAACCUCUUUCUCUCUUUCAUAUUUGGAGUGGUGGAAAUGCAGAUGAUGGUUCUAGGAAGAAAAAAAGACACAGAUGCCACUUUUGCUCAGAAAGUUCUUUCUCACUUCCCUCGAGUAUCCUUAGAAAGAGCCAUUUUUUCCCGACUUAGCCGAACUUUACACCAGAUGUGAAGUCAACGAACCCUCCCCCCGUCCACAUCUACAAACCGAACUUGGCCGGAAAUUGGUCCCAAAUAUUGUUGUUGUUGAUUGCAUUGACUGGAAUCGUACAUUCUCAUCAAAUCAGCGAGCCGAUAUGCGAGUCGAUUAGUCGGAGAAUUUUGCUUGUGAAGCUUUUUGUAACACGUGUAUACGUGCAGAAUGGAACUCGAGUGAGUUUCAUCUCAGUGUUUGAUAAAUAGUAUGGAUGAUCAGUAUGGUGAUGAACAAUCAUGGUUUGUUCCAUUCAAAUUAUAUGUUAUACCGAUCAAACCAAUCGAAUUUUGAUUAUGAUUCGUUUGUUUGUUAAAUUGAUCGAGUCAAUGAGAUAUUUUAUUCUUUUUAACUUUAUUAUGCAGCAUGUGAUAGUCAUAUGAAUUAUGCAAGAGCUCCUAAUAAGCCGAGUUUUGCCUUAUUCAUUUUUGGUUCGUUAAUACAUGAGCAUGUUUGAUACAUGUGAUUAAUAAAUCUCUUGAUUAUAUACUAUGCUGGUAUCACAAUAAUUAGCUCAUAACUUUUAAGUAGUUCAUGUCGCGUAAUUUCAUAGUAAUUAGUAUCUGAACUAUUUAUUAUACAUAAUUUAUCCUCUAAAUUAUAUGCCUCUGAUAUUCGAAGUCUUAAACAUCAUAUGGUGGGUGAGAUAUACGAUUUAAUAAACUUAUAAAUUAUCAAGAAGCACUCAAACUCAUAAUAUAUAGAUCGAUUUGCUCAUAAGUGGAUAGUCGUAUUUACUCACAGAUCACAAUAUUGAGACAUGUUAAGUUCAAAACGAGACGAUUCACGAAUUGAGUUCAACGAGUCACGGAGUACGGUUGACUCGUGGGGAAGGGCGUAAUCGGGGGGUAAUACAGUCUUUGCAUUUCA